AUGAGUGAUGCAAUUAAAGACGACACAACUGAUAUCAAGCAAAUGUCAAAGCAUUCCAAUGAGUCCACAAAUCCAAGCAAAGCAAGUUGGAAAGAUAGAAAGUCUGCUCAUAUUUCGGCUAACACAUUAAGGAUUUUACGUUUUGGUAGCAUCCUGCAAACAUGGACAGAAGUGUCCAAUAUUAAUUACAUGUCUGCUCUGACACUGGAUGAAGACCCUAAAGAGCAGCGGUUUCGAAGCAUAAGUUUUCUUCCAAGAUACCGUAUAAGUCCUUUAUUCGAGACUCUGAUAACGCUAACGGAAAAUGGUAACAGAGAUAGUAUUAUUGCCGAACAAUUUCCUGCAAAUGUAACAUCGCUUUUGAACGAGGACCAAUUGUGGGGUUGUUUUUAUAACUUCCCGGAAUUAUACGAUGAUAUUUAUUCUCCGGUCGUUCCUAUAAGAAAUAUUGAGGAUAUUCCGGAGAUCAAGAACGGAGUACUUACGAGGGAUGUGGUGACUGCGUGUCUUAGUUAUUUAAAACGAACGCCUAUUAUGCAAGACUAUGUGUACAUUAAAUUAAAUUUAUCCUCUAAAUAUCUCAUUAACAUCGAUGCACUUAAACAUUAUAAAUACCUCGUUUAUCUUGAUUUAUCAUCUAAUUUAUUAACUGACUUAAAAGUUCUCUCAAACCUUCUCUAUCUACAAUAUCUCUCUGUGGAUUUCAACAAGUUAAAAGCUGUUUUGGAUUAUGAAACACCUCAAUGGUUUUUAACCGAAGUGCAUUAUAAGUACAAUUCCGUAAUGAAUAUUCGUGAGUUAAAAAGUUUUUGGUCUAUCACAAUAUUGGAUUUAUCACAUAAUAAUAUUAAAUAUAUAGAAGGACUUCAAAACUUACGGUAUUUGCGACGUCUUGACCUCUCGUUCAAUCACAUACAACGUCUGGAAAAUUUAAAUCAUCUGCGUCUCACAUGGCUGGACGUUUCUUAUAAUAACAUAUCGAGUUUCGAAUAUGGAUCCGAUUCAGGACUCUGGACCUUAUUGCAUUUGGAGAGCCUUAACAUAAGCGAGAACAAAUUAACGUCACUGAAACUGUUAUCAGGUUGCACAAGAUUAAGAGAACUUCGUGCCCGCAAUAACUGUUUUAACGUGUUAUUGGAGCUCGCAAUAUAUAUGAGUAAUUUGAGAAGCCUGAUCCUCCUCGACCUAUCCUCUAACCCUAUCUGCAACGUUCUCGGUUACAAGGAUGUAGUCUAUAAUAAAUUUCCUAAACUAUUAGAGUUGGAUGAUAUAGAAGUAGAUCCAGUGGAACAGAGAGCGGCUAUAAUGGACAUGUCACCAGAUAUUAUAACAUUUGCAACGCGUCGUCUUCUUCGUUUAUUGUACAUACAACAGCUGUCCAGAGCUCGCGUCUCCCCCUUCACUCCUCCAGCAGAUACAACAGAUAUUCCUAUAGUCGUUAUAGUCGGCUACGAAGCUGUUGGAAAAGGCUCUUUGGCCCGUCGCCUAGCAGCAGAAUGCGCCUCAAAUAUAGAGUUGGCAUUGCAACACACCACCGCCUGCCACUUCUUAGACCACUACAAAGUUAUAACGAGACGGAAGUUCGACGAUAUGCUUCUCGCUGGUGAUCUGUUAACUUAUAGUGAAAUGGACGGGGAAUCAUACGGACUAAGUCGCGAAGAAGCAUUUGUGAAAGACGGAAAAGUAAAAGUUGUUACAAUGGACUUAAUAGGCGCCCUUAUGUUAAGACUGCGGGGAUAUAGACCAUAUUUGAUAUUAGCUUCCUGCUCUGACAAACAGAGUUUAUCUCGCAAACAGCAAGAACGGAGGGAAGCAAGAAAUUUAAUAUAUGAAAAAAAAAUGUUUAUGGAAGAACCCGUGGAGAUUUCGACAUUACAAAUUUUAAUGUCUGGUCGAUUAAUAAUAAAUGGUAUACUUAAUGAGUUAAUACAGACGUUAUCAGACGAAAAUGACCAUAUUGACUUUAUAAUAGAUUCGGAAUGUUCUCUAAAGUUAGAUAGCGAAGACAGAAAGAGAUAUGAGAUCAAAGCUGUAGACAGAAUUGCAAUGACCUUUUCUAGCACCUUAUCUCUUAUUAGUAAAAAUAAUAAUGAUAAAAGUAGUCUCGUUGAUUCCGGUAUGUAUUCCCUUUAUAAAGAGCAACCUGGUAUGGAUGAAUAUACAAGCAAUGUCUACGGCCUGGAAUCCUACCAAGAUAAAAACCAGCAGAAAAGAUCAAACGCUUUUCAUCAUUUAUCAAAUAAACAGGAUCAAAUCAAUUUAAACCGGAAAAGUAUAGAAGAUAAAAAUACAUCGUCUACAUGGAGAGGUAAAAAACCAAUUAAGUUAAAAAGUAAUUACAAUUUUGGUUUACCGAGUAGCAGGAAAUCCUCCAAAUCCGUUGCCUUCACGUCUCCUGAGAACACAAACUUGAUUGAUAAAGAAAUUGAUUCUUCUGAAUUAUUGUUCGAUCCGCAGACCAAAAAAGACAUGGAUAAUUUGUUAAUGAAAUCAAUUAGUGCAAAGGUAGCGUGGCCACAGGCAGAUGGCAUAAAACCACAGGACGACCUCUGGCUUGCAUUCCUGUUGGGAAACGGCUUAUUGCACACAAGCAGCGCGAGCACGCAAUCAUUUAAUCAACUUCACUGGGAAACUCAAGUGGACGGCCCAGAUUUUAUUGUUAAUCAACCGGGGCACGCCCAAACGCUGACAGCAGAAUGCUUCACAACAAUCAUAAGGGAUGACUAUGAAGAAAUACAUAGGAAAUGUCCUGGCUUAUUUUGGGAUACUGUAAAUUUGGACAACCCUGAUGCUGCAUUUAAAAAAAUGAAAACAAUCAUUAAAAACAUUGUCAACUCUCAAAGAAAUCUGAAGCCAAUGUUCGACAUAAACUUUACAAAUUUAAACUACCCCGUACUUGAGAAAAAGCUAAUGAGCAUUUACAAAGAAAUUGCUCCACAGAGACUGUUUUACUAA